UAGCUGGAAGUCUACCAAGUAACGGCACAGCCAACAAGAUGAACGGCGCUUUGGAUCACUCAGACCAACCAGACCCAGAUGCCAUUAAGAUGUUUGUCGGACAGAUCCCCCGGUCCUGGUCGGAAAAGGAGCUGAAAGAACUUUUUGAGCCUUACGGAGCCGUCUACCAGAUCAACGUCCUCCGGGACCGGAGUCAGAACCCUCCCCAGAGUAAAGGUUGUUGUUUCGUAACAUUUUAUACAAGAAAAGCUGCACUUGAGGCCCAGAAUGCACUGCACAAUAUUAAAACUUUACCUGGGAUGCAUCACCCCAUUCAGAUGAAACCUGCAGAUAGUGAAAAGUCAAACGCUGUGGAAGACAGAAAAUUGUUCAUAGGAAUGGUUUCGAAGAAAUGUAAUGAGAAUGAUAUCAGGGUGAUGUUUUCUCCAUUUGGCCAGAUAGAAGAAUGCCGGAUCCUCCGGGGACCCGACGGGCUGAGCCGAGGCUGUGCGUUUGUCACAUUUUCUACAAGGGCAAUGGCACAGAAUGCAAUCAAAGCCAUGCAUCAGUCUCAGACCAUGGAGGGCUGCUCUUCACCCAUCGUGGUGAAGUUCGCUGACACUCAGAAGGACAAAGAGCAAAGGCGCCUCCAGCAGCAGCUGGCACAGCAGAUGCAACAGCUCAACACUGCCACCUGGGGGAACCUGACAGGUCUGGGCGGACUCACCCCGCAGUACCUGGCGCUCCUGCAGCAGGCCACCUCCUCCAGCAACCUGGGUGCAUUCAGUGGUAUUCAGCAGAUGGCUGGCAUGAAUGCUUUACAGUUACAGAAUCUGGCGACGCUGGCGGCGGCCGCAGCCGCGGCCCAGACCUCAGCCACCACCACCAAUGCCAAUCCUCUGUCCACCACGAGCAGCGCCCUGGGAGCCCUCACCAGUCCCGUGGCUGCUUCAACUCCCAACUCCACUGCUGGUGCAGCCAUGAAUUCUUUGACCUCUCUUGGGACUCUGCAAGGACUGGCGGGAGCCACUGUUGGAUUGAAUAAUAUUAAUGCACUAGCAGGUACCAUAAACAUUGCUCAAAUGCUCUCAGGUAUGGCGGCUCUGAAUGGAGGACUUGGCGCCACGGGCUUGACGAAUGGCACGGCGGGCACCAUGGACGCCCUCACCCAGGCCUACUCAGGGAUUCAGCAGUACGCAGCAGCGGCACUGCCCACUCUGUACAGCCAGAGCUUGCUGCAACAGCAGAGCGCUGCAGGCAGCCAAAAGGAAGGUUUUGUUAGCUACGACAAUCCAGUGUCUGCGCAAGCUGCUAUCCAGGCUAUGAAUGGCUUUCAGAUUGGCAUGAAACGCUUGAAGGUCCAGCUGAAGCGCUCCAAAAACGACAGCAAACCUUACUGAUCCUAACCCCAGAGGCUCCCUGCUCUUAUUUUAGCUUUCUUAGGGUAAGUCCCACGAGCCAGCCUGUUCUCAACAGGAAAGGCAGAGGAGGACCACAAUGCCAACUUUUACCAAGAGAGACGGUUAUUUUUACAAUGAGGCUUCCAUUUCCCACUCCCACCCCCCAACCCAGUUCGCCAUAAUUAAAACUUGGGCUACCUUGUUUCUAUCAAGUAAACUCCUCCUCCAGUUGUGCCACUGUAUUCUCCUUUGUUUUGCAAUUUGAAUCUCCUUUUACUUUUUUCGUUUUGUUUUAGUUUUUGCUUUAAAAAAAACCACACAUACACAAAUAAAAAUAAAUGACAUCUUGAGAAUUUAAAAGGCAAACAAAGGCUAAUGUGCAGUUCUAACUCUGAGACCCCUGGUCCCCCGAGAGCACUGCCUGGAGAAUUCACCCCUCCUAUCUGCGCCCACCCCCUAGGAGGGCGCCAGCUGAUUAGAGGCUAAGGCGGUGGCCCAGCUCCACAGAAAAGCAAGGAGAAGCGCUUAAAACAAUACAAAACGUCUUUCCACUACAUUUGGUUUGUCUUAAUAAGUAGGAUUUUAUUUUAGGGUUCAAAGAAACAUGACUAUUGGUCAGAUUAUUACACUGGUUGUCUAUUUUGUUAUUGUUUUAUUUUAGUUUUUAGAAAGGAUUAAUGUAAAAAAAAAGAUUUAGAGAUCUGUUUCUUAAAGCUACAGGGUUUAAAAAUAAAAUAAAAAUGAGUGAAAAUACUUGAUGUUUCUUGAAAGAUAAAUUUAAUAAUAAAUAAAUAAUACAUAAAUAAUACAUAAAUAAAAAAGAAAGCCACAGGCCUGUAAAUUUUAUUUGUAAAAAAAGCAUUUCUAUUUUUGUACAAAAUUUUUACUGCCUCAGAAAUAAUGGAAGUUAUUUAUUGCCUAUUGUUAACUUAUUGGGUACCUAAAGAGCAGUUCUCUGUGCUAGCUAGAUCCUUUUGAAGUAGUCUCUAGAGGAAUCGUCCUAGGAAGGGGCUUUUUUUCACCAUUGAACCCUAGGCCUAAAGUUCAUGCUUUAUCCUCUUGUUGUUUGUAUCUGUCUGAUUAUUUUGUUCGUAACUUCCAUUAUCUAGUUUACAAUUCAGUCGUCUGACUUUCCCCGUAUGUUACAUUCGUUGAAACUGGAUCCUCUCCCCUGUCCCUUGCCAGCCCCUCACCCCAAACACCCGGAAUCCAUCCCCUCUCCCUCUCUGGAUGGAUUCUCUUGGGGUUCCAUUGUGCUGUGGAUAAAGACUGUAAGAAAUGCAAAUUAUGUGGAUGGCUCCUAGACUCCCUAAUGACCUAAGAUUUGCAUUAGUUUUUCUCCUGCACCCUUAAGAGUGAUUUUGUUGCUGCUGCGUAGAUUCUGUGUAACUUUUUACUCUCCCUUGUUUUCUCCCUAGACAUCUUCAUGCCCGUUAGGUCACCGUUUGCCUAGCAUGUCCCUGUGGCGUCUCAAAAAAAGUUUCAUCGUCCCGUCAUUGUUUCUGAUGUCUUUCUGACCUCACAUCAUAUUUGGUUCUCCUACUGACCUUUGAUCUAGUUUGACCUUUGAAAUUUGCAUGUGACCUCAUCUAGCUAUGAAUUCUGGGAAGUCAAUGUGAAAAACAUUGCUGCAUUCAUGCAAGACUGAAAUUUAUUAUUAGACAAAUUAAUUAUAGAAAAAAACAACCUGUGGCAAAAAUGUUUCUUUCUUAUUUUUUUUUCUUUUCAUAAAACAGACUUGAAAGUAUUAUACAGGGAUUGGCAUUCUUCCCGGUCACUGGUAACAAUAGCAAUAUGUGUCCAGGGACACAGAAUGUUGGUUUCUAACAGACUACUUCCAAAAACAGUUUGAGAAAAAAAACUGUCUGAUUUUAAGUCUCUAGAGGUCUGUAAUAGUUUUUACAUUUUUCAGGCAGUGUAAAGUUUUUUGAUAAGGCCAUUUUAGGUGGCUCACUUUCUCAUUAAGAUAUAUAUAUAGAACCACUUUUUGUAGAUUAGUAUAAGAAAAAUAUUUACCCUGUUUUGGGGCAAAUGCUACCUAUUUGUGUCACCUUUUGCUGAACUGACUCACAGUUAGACAAUCCAUGGUUUAAUGCACAUGAAAUUACCUAUAUUUUAUACUGUCUCAAUGUACAGGAGAAAGGUUGCUGUGAACUGUGUUACGUUGGUGCUUCUGUGAAUUAAGUUGUGGUUUCAUCAUGAGUCUUACGGUCUUAAUGUUCUUUGUUGAUAAGACAAGUUUAGAAUUGGUUUACUUAAAACAAAAAAGAAUUUCAAAAAAAAGUUGUUUGCUUAAAAAAAAUUUCAUGUGAGGGGGAAAAAAAAACCUAUUCCAGAAUAAGUUUUGUGUUGGCUUGUAAAGCAUUGAUGUCAUUUUUUUUUUUAUUGUGGACUAUUUAGAUGUGUUUGUGUUCAGCAAAAUGUGAUUUUUUUUUUCUUUUAAAGAAAAAAAGUGAAAAUAUAUAGUGCCAAAUUCCAAAGGUACUUCCUUCCUAGAGCUUCAGUGUGUUUCUUGUGAGAAGUAAUUUGAUAACAUGGGUAUUUUAUUAUGUGUUUUGUAUAAAUCCCUAAUAUUUAAAAAACAAAAAACAAAAAAAAGAGGUUAAAAAGUUUGUUAACUUGCUAUCCUGUGGUCUUGUUGCCUGAAAUUGUUAUUGUUUGUUAUUUCUCUAUGAUGUUUUUUGUAAGACAUUGUAUAAGUGCCCAUGUCUCACUUUUUUAACCACUCUGCACAUCAAUGCUGUGACGGCAACCUCACAAUGUAUUUUCUUCAUAAUAUAUGGAAACCUCUAAGGUGAGAAAGUUUUGAACUUUUAACCCUUUCUACCCAGAGCUAUCUGGAAUGUUGAUAACUUUUUAUACGGUCAUCAUUUUAGUUUGUUUUGGGGUGUUGCUAAGUUGGAUUUUUUUUUCCUGCAUAUAUCUUCUCUUUGAGUUUUUUACUUCACUACUUUCUUAUCUUUGGUUUGAGACCCAAAAGAAAAAAACUCCACCAGGCAAAUCUGAAGGAAAAAAAUAGACUUUAACCCUCUCCAAUUUCUUUUCCCUACAUCUUUUUUUUUUUUUUUUUUUUUUUACUUUGUAUUAUUUCUGGUCAUUUUUUAAAAAAAAGAAUUCUUAAUGUGCUGCUGGAAUUUCUUCUUCAGUUUUCAUUUAAAACAGUUUAUCAGAUAAACCUUCUGAGGGGAUGGUAGAUGGGUUCAGCACCUAAAUAAACCUUAAAGUUUGUACGCUUUUGAGAUCAGGAUUAGUGGCAUGUUCCAGUUUAGAGUAUUUUCAAAUACCGUCCAGUUAAACAACAGUCUUUUGAGGGACUUUUGCUUUUGUUUCUUAAAUACUCCUAAAUAAUCAGCCAUUGUGCUGGGGAGUCUCUGACCCCUGUGGACACCUGAAUAAGCAAGGUGUCUGGAGUUAGAAGCCCUGCCUUUUCAUUUAUCUUUUUUUUUAAUGAAAUGCAUUUAGGGGGACUGACCAUCUAAGCAAAACUCAGUUCUUUAUCACAGACACUGACCAAACACCCAGCACCAGUUCCUGCUGCCACUUUUUAAAAGUGCCAUAUUACUUUGACUUCACGUGAACAGAGCCCCUGCUGUCUUGACAAACCCCAGUGUCAUCCCUAGGGCCCCAACGCCAACUCCUGCCUUCCUGAAGCUUCUUUGUCUCUGACGGAGUUCAGAACUGCUGGCUCCUGUUCCUUUCUCCGUUUCCCACUCUCCACCCUCUUUGGUUUAAUGUGUGUGGAUGUGAUAGCCCUGGGAUGGAAAGGACUAGCCUCUCAUGAUGCAAAAAACACAAAAACAAGUUUCCUUCUUAUAGCACAUGCACUUCUAAUGAAAGGAUUUGUAUUAUCCUCACACGUGUUUACUACUGCUGGGGCCUUCCUUCAUCCUCUGAGGGCUAUUUUGUACUUCCUGCAGCAAUCAGCUUCAUAACAAAAGUUACCACACCUGGCUCUCAUAUCCAUCCUGCGGUGGUGUGUAGAUACACACACAGGAACACAAGAGAACACCAUUUGAACUGCUGAAGGCUGUUCAUUCAGAAUCUCUUCAUUUAUCAAUUACACAUAAAUCUCAAAAUCCAUUUUGUCUGAUUUCCUCCCUGAAGGAAACUGCCCUCCUCCGCCCUCAUUUCCUUUCACUCAGCGCAGCUGGCAGGAGGCUCAGGGUGGGCACUCGGAGCUGUUUCUUAUUCUGCAGGCAACCAAGACAGGGCAUUUAGGAUUUAGGGGGAAAGUCCUUUUUUUUUGCAUGUUUCAUUGUUAAAAAGAUAACCCUCCUCAGAGACAAGUUGUCCUUUUAUUCACUUUAUCUUUUCAUAUCAAAAGGAAAAAGCUGCAAGGGUGCAAAGGGCCCAUGCCAGAAGAAACAACACACAGGGAAACUGCUUUUUUAAAAAUCAAGCGUAGAGAAUAGUCAUUUUUAAACUAAAUUAGAGAAUUGUGAUAAAAUGGCAGUCCUCAAGGCGUAACAAGUUCAUCUUUCUUUCACCAUAGGGGUUAGAGUUCUUUGGCUUGUGCUACUCUGGAAUCAUUUUACUGUUUCUGUUUUUAUUAUCUUAAGUGCUAAUUAACAAGAAAAAAUAAAAUUUUAAAAAAACCUGUAGUUUCAUUACCUUUUUGAAUAAUGUCAUACAAAAAAUGUAUUUGUGUUUUUUUUGUGCUGUGAGAAUUGUUGUUUGUAGAUUAACAAUAUUUUGUUUAGAAUUACAAAAUAGUUUUUAAAUAUUGUCUGAGAAAAGCCAAAGUUAAUGCAACCUAGUGGAAACUGUAAGACCAUUUGAGUAUUGUUUCUGUUUUAUUGAUGCAUUUGGAUUUUGUUGUUUGAUGGAAUUUGAGCCAAAAAAAAAAAAAAAUGCAGGCUUUCCUAUUUCUACAAUUGAUUGUACUUAUGCAUUUUGUACCAGUGGAACUUUUUAUACUGGAGAUUAAAAAAAUGGAAAUUUUUGUGGCUUACUCUAGUGGGCCCCCUGACAAUGACUGAUUUCAAGUUUGAUUUCUGGUUGAUAGAAAGAAAGUUGCUUUUCUUUUGAGAAUUAAAAACUUUGGCUUGAUUUCUUUUUCCCUUUGCUUAUAUCUAGCAUUAGAAUUUUGUCUUAAAAUACAGCGGUAAGUUUCACUUUUUAUUCUGUAUUGUGCAGUUACACAAUAAGGUAAUUAGAUUUAGAAGUACUCAGUCACUUUAAGUGGAUAAAUGUAUUAGUUAAAACUUUAGGGGUUUGCUUUUUUGCUGUUUAGAACAAAGUUUUUUCUGAUUCUUCUGUCCUCAUUGUGAACAUAACCGUGUAGUUGAAACAGUCAAACUUAUUUUUGUAACGUAUGUUAUUGUGUGAUGCGGUUUUUUGCUUCUGUCUCCAAUAUUAAACCAUUUUCCUAAUACUUGUUUCUCUCUCUGCGUGUUGUAUUGUUGGUAGUCAUUAUAUGUUGGUGAUACAUCUACACACCUCACUGUUGCACGUAUCUGUUUUUUUUCUCUAUGUUGUGUAAAAGAUACAGUCGAUUCCACCUAAGUGAAUAUCUGAUUUGGGGAAAAGGGCAACUGCACACCAGCCACCUCUGAUUUAUGUACAACAGCCCACUUUAACUACUGCUUCCAAGAUUUAUACUUUUUUCUAUGGUUCAUCUAAAUAACUGCCUACACAGUUGGAUUUGCCAAGACCUUCGACGGUCUUCUGACCACACUGGUAAAUUUCACCUUCUCUUCUCUCCCCGUCUCGCAUGGGUAUAUGCAUGCUGUUCUUAACAUGCAUUAAAAACUGCUGCUUUGCUGCAUAACCUCAAUAAACUUAAGAAGAAGAGCAGCAGAGCGGGGGUUUCUUUCAAUCCACUCACCAUUACAGUCAAACUCUUCUUAGACACUAAUAACAUUUUUAAAAGAGGUGAACUCUCGAGGGAAGAAAAAAUAAACUUAGCUGGUGAAUAGAAGGUGUGCAAAGGGUUAAACUUAAGUCUGUGUGUUGCCAUCAAUCAAUCGAUACGUAUAGAAAAGUAACUUAAAUUAUUUAUUUUCAAGAGCUAAUUGAAUCCAGGAGCAGCUUUAAUUAUUAAAGCUAAUGGAAAAGAAAAGAACUAUUUCCAAGUGCUCAAACGGAAGCUCUACUGGGUCGGGUGGAGUGGGAGGGGAGGAGUUAAAGGUUCUCAUACUCAAGUCUUCAUCACAUACCGUCCAUUUCCAAAUGAAAGCUAAGAAAGCCACAUGCAGCCACACACUGCCUCCUGAAUGAACAUGUCUUCUUUAAAAAGCCUUGUCCCCCACUAUCACUCCAACCCCAGUUAUCAAAGAGAAUUAAAGAAAAAACGAUUCCUUAGACGCCCUCUAAAACGGAAGCCACAGGCCCUCCUCCUCCUUCUGCCCAUCUCUUAUGCUCAGGAAUCUGACUGCUCUCCAAGUGCUCUUACAAGAUUCCAUUGAUGUUUGCUCCCUAUGUCUUAUCUCUCCUUCCAACUUUGCAGACGCACAAGCUCCAUCUAACUCAGGCCACCCAGCACCUGGCAGCCUUCUGGCAGCCAAUGAGAUUUUCCCUGAAGGUGCUCAGGCCCUCCACCCUCUGGUUUCCGCAGCCCCUCUGGCCCUAGAUUGUCUUUUCUUGUUGGCUCAGCAACAGAGGGGACUGGUGAGGUGAAGGAGAGGAGGCUCUUUUCCCCCAGAGGCCGAACACCUCAGUGAGUGACUUCCACCAGCUCCAAACCUGCACACAUAGGAGCUGACUUCCUGCCAAUACUUCUACUUUAAAUCUCAUCAGAGCCUUCAUGAGUUUGCCUCUGAAAACCCACUGCUUAUGUUAGUGGGAAAAGAUGGCUACGGGUGUGAUUUCUUUUUUUCUUUCUUUUUUAUUUAUUUGGUGGGGGGUGUGAGGGAGGGGAGAAGGGGGGAAAGAGGGUGACCAGUUCUUUCCAAGAUGCAAGUGUUUAUUUUAAAAUAUAUAACUUAUAUACAUCCAGCCUUUGGCACAAGGCAAAAUACUCAUGCUAAGUAAAAGAAGGGAAAGACAAAGCCAGUUUUUUUUGUUGUUGUUUGGGAAAGCAACAACAAAAACAAUAAUUCUCCAAAGAAGGGGACAAAUAUGCUAGUUCCCUCCAGCACUUAGGACUGUCAAGUUGGUCCCUGCUUAAAUUCAUCCUUACCAUUUGGAUUCUGUAAAACCCAGCUGCAGUGUUAGCAAGGUGUGUCUGUUUGCCAUGCAUGGACCACCUUGGGAAAUUACAGAAUUGUCAACGUUUACCUUGCUGAUGGAAGCCACACGUCUGCCCAGCCCACAGCAGUUACGUGCAACCCAUGGGCUGGGCCUCUUAGCUGGCAGGCUAGGAAACACAGUGAACAUAAAUGUACUGUGAAUCGUUCCUGAUAAGUGAAUAAAACAUUGUGACCAAACAAUCAGCUUAUUCACUUAUCAGGAAUCGACUGUUCUGCUAAUUCGCUGUUUUUGUUUUUCAUCUCUGUUGUAGUUCACUAUUUUUGCUGUGUUCUGUUUUCUCCUCUCAUGCUUGGGCAAAAUCACUGGGAAUAUUAUCUUCAUGUGACCAUGAAACGUUUAUAUCGAGUGAAAAUGAUAUCUUAACAAAAUCUAUGCACUUGCUAUCAGGAACACAAUACUGGAUGUGUCUUAUAUAUAUUGAACUAUAUAGUACUCGAUUUCUUAAAUAAAGCUUAAGAAAGGA